AUGUCUUCUCGCCAGUCAGCCUACGUUGUACUCGCCAGUUCUACAUUUCCAUUCCCUGGUCCUCCGUCCGAGCCAAUUCCACCUCUGCCUUGUCGUUCUUACACCGACCCCGUGAAAACGAAGCCUCUUCCUGCAGUCCACCCUCUCUCUUCUGUUUCCUCUACAGAUUUGAUGCACAGAAACCCUCCACUUGAUCCUCGCAAAGCGCGUCGACAUUGUGCAAAUUUUGGGUUUAAACGGGAAGCCUUGGUGUUACAAGCCCAUAAAUCACGCUCUCCUUCAAUCCCCCUGCCUUCACCUGAUGACUUCACGAGUCCAGGCCCAACUCCUCCGGGGACUUUCACAAGUACGGAGUCUGAUGUUUCUUCGUUCAGCGAUCUUCCGCUAGACUUUCCGCAGCCGCCGCCGAUCAGCCCUGUCCUGCGACGUAUGAAAAGUUCGCCAUUAUUCACAUUAGCCGACACAGGCUCCGCUCCUGAUUUGUCCAAUAUUAUCGCCAGAAAACGAUGGGGUGCGGUUCAAGGAUUCAUUGAUACUCAAGCAGAAUUCAGGAAAACCAGAAAUAAGGCGGACAGUCUAAUCGAUCUUGAGGCAGAUCUGGAUUUUACGCCGCCAUUCGAGCAGUCCUCCGAUUCCUAUCGCGGUAGGAUUGACGGUUUGGCAAAGGAGCUACAGCCCGUCAUUCGGCCUGGCACUCUAGAACCACCUCUUCCUCCGUGGAUAGCCCGUCGUGACAGCGAUACCUGUCAAGAAUCUCCGUUCCUUCUCCCUGCUGCAUCCAAAUCCUCAUUACUUCUGGGUAAUAAGACUUCGUCUCGUCCUGCCUACCAUCAAUCUACACAGAAGCAAUCAGUCCCGUCACCGGCUCUGUAUUCUUUUCCUUCUUCUUCUUCUUUUGCGAAGAACGUCUCCACGCCCUCGGAACGUUUACCUCAACUCGUGUUACCUCGACGAAUAUCCAAAAUGCGGUCACUGAAGUUCACACCUGAAUGUAAUCCUUCUUCGGAUCGCCUCGAUAUCUCCAACCACGAUUCCAAACCUCAUAAACCACUCUUCCGUGGUCGAUCUAUAUCAAUGGACUUCAACAAUAACAGUAGGAGUCGUCCGCUGUCCAUGUUCGCGGGCAAUCAGGGCAUGAGCGCGUCCACAUCUUAUCUUUCAAAGAUGGGUCGGACUCCGCCCACCGGUCCUCUGGUUAAAGAGAGCUCUGAUUAUCCUCUCAACCGCGGCAGGGAUGUUGGACUGUCUACACCCUUCCUCCACCGACCAGUGAACAGUAAUACUCCUGUGCGACAUCAACGUCGCCUCCAUCAUUCCAUGAUGCCCUCGCCCGGGCUCAAGUCAUUCAUGGACAUUACGCCGGAGCAGGUUCAGCGCAAACCAACGGCUCAUAAGGACAAAGUCAGGAAGCUUUUGAGCAGGGCGAGCCAAGUGUUCGAUUGGAGAAAAAAGAAGGGGGAAUGA